AUGCGUUUGCUCAAUGUUUCCACCUUCGAGCUGCAACCCUUUUACGGAGAUGACAUUCCACCCUACGUGAUUCUCUCGCACACUUGGCUCCAGGAAGACGAAGAGGUCACUUUUGAACAGCUACGAUUCGGUCACCACUGGAGAGCACUUCGCGGUGCCCGCAAGAUCGAGUACACAUGCAAGCAGGCCGCUCAGGAUGGCUACAAGUGGGCAUAG